CAAAACACAAUCAAACGCUGAAGUGGAUACUCUAGAAGAAGGAAUCUCCUGCGUUGUAAAAAACCUGUCCAGGUAUCGCCAUUAAAAUCCGUCUUUGACAUUCACGCAGUUACAUAAAGUUUAUAUUUUAUACCUCCACAAAACUACGGAUUGGGAACGUCAGCCAACGGGUUCAUAUCAUUCCGCGGUUUCAAAAUUCCGCCAGUUUUAGGAUAUAGUAUAAAAUUUCUGAGACACGUUCCAAGACUUUGCCACCUAUAAAUUCAGCCUGUCGAAUUAAUUCCUCAUCAAAGAUCAUUUUUGGGAAACAUUACCACAAUUCGUACAUAUACCAUUUUCAGUAAUCUUAAUAGGAAGAUCGAAACUUCGGUGGCCUGUUCUUCAGUCGAGGGUUUAGAUUUGAGGGUUUAGGUUUUUGGGUGUAAAAUUAUACGGGAAUGGAUUCAAGCAUUGGGGACGACAAUUCGCAGAGGCCUGAGAGCAAUGAUGUGGGAUGUCUGCCCUGUAACAAAUCUGUAAACGGCGUGCCGCAUACCGUUGUUCAGGGUGCGGGGGUUGCCACGCUGGGGCGCCACCUGGCCCGGAGGCUUGUCCAGGUGGGCGUGCGUGAUGUGUUCUCAGUGCCAGGGGACUUCAAUCUGACGCUGCUGGAUCAUCUGAUUGCAGAGCCCGGGCUCAAUUUGGUGGGGUGCUGUAACGAGCUCAAUGCCGGCUACGCCGCGGAUGGCUAUGCGCGCUCCAAUGGCGUGGGAGCCUGCGUUGUCACCUUCACUGUUGGUGGCCUCUCUGUGAUCAACGCCAUUGCAGGGGCUUACAGCGAGAAUCUGCCGGUCAUAUGCAUAGUUGGGGGCCCCAACUCCAACGACUAUGGCACCAACCGUAUUCUUCAUCAUACCAUUGGCCUUCCUGACUUUAGCCAGGAGUAUCGAUGCUUUCAGACUGUAACAUGUGCUCAGGCGCUUGUGAACAAUUUGGAAGAUGCCAACGAGCUCAUUGAUCAUGCUAUAUCCACAGCACUUAUGGAGAGCAAACCAGUGUAUAUCAGCAUUAGCUGUAAUCUCCCUGGAAUUCCCCAUCACACAUUCACUCAUGAACCUGUUCCAUACAGUUUGACGCCCAGGCAAAGCAAUCCACAGAGCUUGCAAGCAGCUGUGGAACUGACUGCACAAAUCCUAAAUGCAGCGGUUAAGCCAGUCUUGGUUGGAGGCCCAAAGCUCAGGGCUGCAAAGGCAAAAUCUGCAUUUGCAGAAUUAGCAAAUGCUUCAGGUUAUGCCGUGGCUGUAAUGCCAUCUGCUAAGGGGCAGGUUAUAGAGACCCAUCCACAUUUCAUAGGGACUUACUGGGGUGCAGUCAGUACUGCAUUCUGUGCUGAAAUAGUUGAGUCUGCAGAUGCAUAUUUGUUCGCAGGGCCUAUUUUUAAUGAUUAUAGUUCAGUGGGGUAUUCAUUGCUCUUGAAGAAGGAGAAAGCUAUAAUUGUACAGCCUAAUAGGGUAACGGUAUCAACUGGACCCACUUUUGGUUGUGUGCUGAUGAAAGAUUUCUUAGAAGCCCUUGCAAAGAAGUUAAAGCACAACAAAACGGCCUUUGAGAAUUACCAGCGCAUCUUUGUACCUGAAGGCGUUCCCUUGAAAGGUGCUCCACAUGAGCCUCUAAGAGUCAAUGUGCUAUUCAAACACAUUCAGGCCAUGUUAUCAAAUGAUACAGCUUUAAUUGCUGAAACUGGUGACUCUUGGUUCAAUUGCCAGAAGCUUAAACUGCCAGAGGAAUGCGGGUAUGAGUUCCAGAUGCAGUAUGGAUCAAUUGGUUGGUCUGUAGGUGCCACUUUGGGAUAUGCUCAAGCAACCCCAAAGAAGCGGGUCAUUGCCUGUAUUGGUGAUGGAAGCUUCCAGGUGACAGCCCAGGAUAUUUCUACCAUGAUUCGAUAUGGGCAGAAAAGUAUAAUUUUCCUGAUUAAUAAUGGAGGGUAUACUAUAGAGGUUGAAAUUCAUGAUGGACCAUACAAUGUGAUAAAGAAUUGGAAUUACACUGCUUUAGUAGAUGCUAUUCAUAAUGGUGAAGGAAAAUGUUGGACUACCAAGGUUAAGACAGAAGAAGAGGCUAUUGAGGCUAUUAAAACUGCCCAGGGACCUAAAAAGGAUUGUUUAUGCUUCAUUGAAAUUAUUGUACACAAAGAUGACACAAGCAAAGAGUUGCUUGAAUGGGGAUCUAGGGUAGCGGCAGCAAACGGCAGGCCACCAAAUCCUCAGUAGAGACUCUAUGGAGAGUUGAGCAAUUGGAGAUGGCAUCUUACAAGUAGAGUUGACGACAAUUUGACAUGUAGAGUGUUUAAAUUUUCCUGUUGUUGCAGAGGCAUAGUCUCAUGUUUACAAUAAUACCACUGGAUCCCGAGUAUGGGGUUACAUGAGGUGGGUGAUGCAGUACUCUUAUGAAGGUAUACAGGGCAUCUAACACAACUAUUUAAUGACAUCUGGGUUUGAAGACUAGAGAUGUGUGGCUUAGCUAAAAUUCUGUGUAUAGGAUUUCUAAGGAUCUUUUUGCUCUCCAAGAUGAAUUCUUUUUGGCUGCUUAUUUAUUAUCAAGAGAUUUUGCAUUCUCACAUUUUUAGAUGAA